AUGCCAAAACGACCGAAACAACAUGUUGUAAUCGUCGAUCCAGUCAUAUGGCCGGAGAGUAAAACCGUCAAUGUUAAUUGGAAAUUGCUGCAGGCUUGCACUGUUCGGCAUUACAAUUAUACCCAGGGCGCUAACGUCAAUUGCAGAACAACCGAUUUUUUAACACCUAUCCAUAUCGCGGUUGAACACAAUGACGUGACUAUGAUUCAACUUCUUUGUAGUCAGCCUUCCCUGGACAUCGAGUCAACGACAAUGCACGGUUUAACGCCACUUCACGUGGCUACUUUUCUUGGGCAUAAAGAGGCGCUUAAGAAACUGCUCGAAAAUGGUGCGUCUGUUAACUGCAGGGACACUUUGGGCCGAUAUCCACUGCACUACGCCGCGCUUCGAAAGGACGUAAGCAGUGCUAUUCUAUUGUUAAGAAAGAACGCAAAUGUAAAUGGUUACGAUGUCUUUCAUGAAAGCCCACUGUACACCAGCGUUAUACGGAGACCUUAUUUUCCUAUGAUUAAGUUAUUAUUGUUUUACGGAGCAACAGUUUCGUCUUCGUCCGGUCAGUAUUCUUUGGGAUUACUUCUUGAAAGUAUUUUAUCUAUACACACCAUAUCGGACAUGAGUGUAUUCGAUCUUUUGUUUCGAAACGAAACAGACGUAAAUACAACAGACUUUAUCGGUCUGCGUACGCCGAUGCACAUAGCUGCUAUGACGGGGAAUUUGUUACUGGCUGUUUAUCUUAUUGAGAAAGGAGCCGACUUAAGCCGGAAAACCCGAGCCGGUCUUACCCCAAUGCAGAUGGCCAUGGCGUACAAUAAUAUCGAAAUCGUUAAGUUGAUACAAAAGACUCUUUCGGAAACAUAG